UAGGGCGAUAGAAUGAUCCACCAGCUCGCCCUCCUCGUUGGUGUGCUCUCCUUCUUCCACAGCUCCGAGUUCGCCCUCGCGUUGCUCAUCCAUGGCCGCCAUCACGUCUCCUGGAAGUCGUUCCUCUUUAGCCGCGACUACCUCGUGGCCAUGGCUGCGGGCGUUCUGGAGCAUCUUGCGGAGAGCUUGGUGGUUCCAGGAAUCAAGGAGCACCCGUGGAUGAGCAACGCGGGCCUCGCUCUCGUGGUCGCGGGGGAGAUGAUUCGCAAGGCGGGAAUUCUAACCGCGUGGAAUGGCUUCACUCACGACAUCAAGACUCGCCGCCAUGACAAUCACAUCCUCGUCACGCACGGGAUUUACAGCUUCCUUCGCCAUCCUGGCUAUGCCGGCUUCUUUCUGUGGUCCGUGGGAACACAGGUGAUGAUGCUCAACCCCUUGUGCACCAUCGCCUACGCGAUUGUCACCUGGAGAUUCUUUCACUCUCGCAUUGCGUAUGUUGCCUCCUUGUUACUCUUUUCCUUCAUAACACUACCUGUCGUCAGCUGCGAGGAGUACUUUCUCCGCCGCUUCUUUGGAUCCCAGUACGAAGAUUACGCUCGGCGUGUUCCAUCGGGAAUCCCCUUCAUCAAAUAGCUACGAGAUCGAUUGGCUUCUAGUUACCGCAGACAGAACAUCCAGCCACCCCUCGAGAAUUCUGGGAACUUCGCACGGACUUUCUGUGGGUCUGGCAUAACAGCAAACUAAUAUCAGUACGGGCAAGAGACUUGAGCUA